CCAGUCCCUUGCAUCCUCUAAUACUGUUCCUGCUUUUGCAGAGCGGAGUCCUAAAUUGGGGUAGAAGUCAUUGCAUGUUGAGGCAAUACUUUUUAGUUCAUUCAUUAAUGGCUUUGCCUCCUCCAUGGGUGAACCUCAUUAUUGGUUAAGGGAAGGAUUCCACCCCCAAGAAUGGAUUAUUUAUUUAGGAUACAUCUGCACUGUAAAAUUAAUGCGGUUUGGCACCACUUUGUCUGCAAUGGAGUCCUGGGGUUUGUAAUUUGCGCUCUCAACAUGGAGAGGCCCUCUCUUCCAUGGCUGCAACAAUUUGAUAAAGCUUCUCGUCUCCUUCUGUGUACAUUGAUGUCUGGGCCAAGCGGGGCCUUAGCUGCGUUCCGGACCCUUCAGCGAUCCCAGUUUGGAGAAGAGGGAAGACAAGGCUUCAACUGGCAUGUAUUCACAGAGUAUUUGUGUUCUCAAGAGCCUGUGCUCAAAGGACCCGAGAAGACCCUCAUCUUAAAACCAGUACUGCUGUUGCUCCCAGUGUUGUGCCAAAGAAAUCUCUUUUCCCUGCUGCUUACUUUGGAGUCUGCAAUUCCCAAAGACUGCCUCAACCGUCUUCUUCAUGCCUCUAGGCAGGAUCCUUGCCCAGAUCUAUGGGUUCAAAGACUGAGAGAUUUACUACAAGUGGGAAUGGAAGGGAAGAGCUCUUUGACACCAAGCUUGUUAUCAGGUGUCUGUGAACAGCAGCUGAAAGAUCUGUGUCAGAACGUUAUGGCUGUUCGUAGGAAACCCAUUUCAGAAAAAAAGUUAAGCUGGCAUGUUGAACAGGCAGAUCCCUGCCUAGUUCCUCACGGAGAUGCACCUGUUUCUGCAACUCAGAGUAGGAAAAACAAGAAACCUGCUGAAGAAGCUCUGGAUCCUGAAGAAGAGAGAAGAGAGACAAAGAGGUUGCGACUCGACAUAGAAAUGGAUACAGACUUUUUGGAACCGCUUGGUGUAUUGAAGGGAUUUGAUGAUCCUAAUGCAGGGAACGAACGCAUGAUGGAAGACUCUGCAAAUGAAAAUAUUCACAAUCUGAGUGACAAUGUCAGCCAAAAAGCAUCUAAGCAGAGUGUAAUAGAAAGAGGGGACACAAAUCAGAAUCCUCCACAAGAUCCUGCAGCCGACGUUCCUGAUCAUAUCAAGGUACAUGUGCCAAAACUUAAGGAACGGCUACAGAUGCAGUAUGAUCAUUCUGAUGGGACUGUUCCUUCUGAGUUGCAGAUUUUCAAUGAGUGUACUCCAAGUCAGUUAGAGGGCUUGUGCUCAUUACUGCAGCUCUCAGAGUGUCCAGAAAAUGAACUCCUGCAAUUCUGUACUUGGCUCGUUGCACUUUCCCCUGAUCUCAGCUAUAGUAGUACAACAGUACUUGUUGCAAAGCUAUUCCUAACCCGGGUUCUUUUACUGACAGAACCAGCCUCCUGGGCUCUCACAACUGCCCUGAUGGUCUUCUCUUCCAAGUACACUCGCUCUGUCUGUUGCACCUUGAUAUCUUCAAUUAUACAGGCUCCAGGGAAAGGCCAUGAGCAGAUAAAAAUAGUGUGCAAGCUAAUCGAGGAAUGUUUGGAACCUGAAUAUGUGAGACUGGUUUUCAGCCACAUUACAGAGGUUGCAUGGUCAGAAGAUAUUCUCACAAUUUUGCAUUCUUUGCUGGGAAGACAGGUAGAACUGUCCACUGAGGACUUCAAUGUUUUGGUCUUAAAUCUUUGUCACAUGGCUCCAGAAUGUGCCACAUCAAUGCAUUAUGCAAAACUGGUUCUGACAGUGUUGACAAAAUACCAAAAAAGUAUUACCUUGGCCCACCAGCAGCGCUUAUCUUGUGCUCUUGACCUCAAUAAAACACUUUUAAAGAAAUCUCUGCAGAUUGCACUGAAGCGAGUGGCUUCUGGAUGAAAAAUAUUUCAGAUGAAAAAUUGAAUGGCUUUUCUGUAUGGGAA